AUGUGUAUCCAUCAUCGUCUCAUCUACCGCAAAUGCGGCCACUUCACCUGGCUAGGCAUAACAAAGAAGUGCCAGUCAGAACGCAACUUCGACCAAGGCAAGAUCGACGAAGGCUGCAAUGUCAUGUGGACGCAUCCGCUUUCAACAUACCGAGUUGACAGGUGUUGCGAGAGUUGCGCCCUCGAAAGAGCAACAACGGAUAGAGCUAUUGAUGAAAUCAGAGGGAGGAUCCAGUUGACUAGAGAGUUGCUAGCCAAGAUCCAGGACCUACGGGAGGCUUCUUCUGGGGUUCAAGAGCGUGGCUGGAGUGAUGGGGGGGUUGAGUCUGCUGCCUCAAUGAACAGGGGAAGUAUCGUGAAGGUGGGAGUUGUCGACGACUGUGGGGGUGACGGUGAUGUCGAGGAGGCAGAAACCAUGGAUCUUAUCGAUCCUAAUGAAGUGAUCAAGGUGAGUCAAGCUCAUUUCCGAAAUAUGAUGGAGUUGGUGAGGGAGCAUGCCUCUAGUUCGGAGUGA